AUGUUUCGUAGAAAAUGCCAGAAUAGAGCUGCUUUAAGGAUAAUUUUAUUAAUGUUUGAAUGUACGCUUCUAUUAAAUCUGAUAAUGAGAAUAUGCAACGGGCAGUUUCCUGAAUUGGAAAAUGCUGUUCUGGCAGAGCCUAGAGUUGAUUGUGGAGUAGAAUCAAUCACUGUAUGUCGAGUCGACCAGCCAGAAUGUGUCCACAGCUAUGCUAAGGAUUGGGGGUCGGAUUCUGACGGGCCAUUGGAUUCUCGUGGUGCUGACUUUACAAUCCGUUUUGGGCAAUGUAAUAUGCGGAGGCAACGACUGCUGAAACAACGUGGAGUGGAUGGUCCUCUCAUGAAAUAUGCAACAAUUGGAGAGCCGAUCACACAUCUUUGGCAAUGCGAUCCAAUUGCUGGAUGGCUUUAUGGAUUGUUAAUCCACUCUUGCUUUGUAGACGAUGGACAUGGAAAGAACCGAUUUGAUCUUAUCGAUGAAAGAGGUUGUGUUACAGACCGUUCACUCCUUGCAGAAAUCUCUUACGACGAGAAGGCAUUCACUGCAUAUGCACAUACACAUGUAUUUCGUUAUGCCGACAGAAUCCAACUAUUCUUCACUUGCACUAUCCAACUUUGUUUUAGAGAAGACGGUGGAUGUGAUGGGAUUUCACCACCACAAUGCAAUAAAGGAAAAGUUGGAUCAUCAUUUCCAGAAACCCCAGUUUCGCCUUCAUUUGUGCCUAUAGAUUCUCAUGAAGAAUCGCCUAUUUUUAGAAGAGGGCAUCUCCACAGCAAAUCCUCACUUUCAUUAAAAGACAGUCCGAUUUUAACGUCAAAUAACAAUGAGAGUGUAAUUGACGAGCAACUUCUCGGAGACACGUUUCAACCGUCACUUAACAAUCAUAGUCGUGCGGGUAGGAAUGCCGCUCUUGAAUUCUUGAACAACCGAAUGGAGACAGAUUUGAGCGCUGGUACGUGGAUUUAA